AUGGUUCUCCAUAACAAAAAACCCAAGCAGCAGUUACUUUCAGAGCUUCUCGAACCAAAAACAAUGGCUGAUCAAGUCGAAUCAGACGUUCCCACAGCUGCUCUUGCGAAGAAGAGAACGUUCAAGAAGUUCUCCUACAAAGGAGUCGAUCUCGAAACUCUUCUUGAGAUGCCCACUGAUGAUCUUGUUAAGCUCUUCCCCGCCCGUAUUCAAAGAAGGUUGUCUAGAGGUCUGACGAGGAAGCCUUUGGCUCUAAUAAAAACAUUGCGCAAUGCGAAAAGGAAUGCACCAGCUGGUGAGAAGCCAGAAGUAGUGAGAACACAUCUAAGGAACAUGGUGAUUAUGCCUGAAAUUAUUGGAAGCAUCAUCGGUGUGUACAACGGAGAAACGUUUAACCAGAUCGAGAUUAAACCGGAGAUGAUGGGACACUACCUUGCGGAGUUCUCAAUCGAGAUUAAACCGGAGAUGAUGGGACACUACCUUGCGGAGUUCUCAAUUUCUUACAAACCGGUUAAGCACGGUAGGCCUGGUCAGGGUGCUACACCCUCCUCUAGGUUUAUUCCUCUCAAGUGA